AUGCAGCCAAGCAGUUCAUUUAAAAUUGAUUCGCAUGUGAAGGGAUAUCACGCUUAUUUAGAUGACUGGAAACCAUGCCAGGGACAAGUUCUGCAAGCAAUUCCAGAACCAAACAAUGCUGUAGAUAAAUACGCGGUGUGUGUCCUAAAAGAUGUGACCUCUCACGCGAAAAUGUAAACUAACGGCUUCCCGUUUUUGAACGGAAAUCCGUUCACAAGCCGUUUCUCAUCCGUUCAGAAAAAACUUGCAUCCGUUCGAACGGCUUGGGCGAUCCGUUUAAAAAGGAAGUCAAGCCGUUCGAACGGCUGUGUCAUCCGUUCACAAAAAUUGCCCAACCGUUCGAACGGCUAGUGUACCCGUUCAGAAAAAUUUGCAUCCGUUCGAGCGGUUUGGUCAUCCGUUCACAAAAAUCAUCCAUCCGUUCGAACGGCUUGUGCCAUCCGUUCAGAAAAAUUGUCUAUCCGUUCAAACGGCCGUGGCACCCGUUCAGAAAAAUUUGAAUCCGUUCGAACGACUUGGUCAUCCGUUCAGAAAAAUUAUCCACCCGUUCAAAACUUCAAUCAGUUGGAACCGUUCAUUCAAACGCUUUGGAUCAUAAUUAAUUUUACGCUGUUCAGAUGGCCUUAUGCACUGCCUUGUGGCCGGUCGUCUGCAAAACGAAGACACGAAAUGGUAGUUUGCGAAAUCUUGUUCUAGCCGUGCUUCGUUGCUUUCUUGCCGUAACGUAACAUUGAUCUUGAACCAAACAUGAAAUUCAGAACCGACCGAAAAAAGUCUGACAGAGCGACAAAAAUUAAUACUGUCUUGUGUAAACAACUGUUUCACCGCAAUUGUUGAGUCGAAAACGUGUUCCUCUGAUCCCAGGUAAACUACCAAGAAACUAUUGGUGGAAGUGGCGAUUUAACUCGUUUAAUGACCCGCUACCAGAAUCACGGGAAACAGUCUACCAAACGAAGAGAAAAGGGUUUUACCAGUAACACUUUCUGAUCUUUCUGCUCGCGAAUGAAAUUUGAGUCACUUGCAAAACUCGUUGCCUAGCAAGUGACCAACAUCCACUCAGUCAACUAUCUGAUGAUUUAUUUUUCGUGAACCAAAACUCUCGUCAUUUUUUAAAAGGCCUUAGAUUUUUUUGCAAAGAACAGUGUACAACUAUGGCAUAGUUCUAUGAAGCGACGGUUUGUUGCUCGUUGGCCAGCACGGGUGAGAAUCACGACAAGCGUGACAUCUCGAAGUUUUCUCUGGCGACGUGACACUACGCAAUUAAUUAGUUUCAAAACGGUCUAAAUGAUGCAAGCUUUACUUUCAUUCAUAAUUCGAUAUUCAAAAAUACUUACCGCUGCCGAUUUAUUCAUCGUGAUGUAAGCUUUUUAACAUUAUUUCUAUUCACAUUUUCCAUUUGUGAUGGCCAUAGCAAGUUUUUAUUCAAAACCAUCAAGCGUUUAAUCGCUCUUUUGUUGUUGUUUUCGGCAAACAACCACGACCGUCGGGCGACGCGUUGACGAGUAAUCUUUGCAUUUGGUGGUAUUAAGGCAUUUUUCGCUGUAAAGGUGAGCAUUUAGCGAGCGGUUUGCGUAGCGAAAGUAAUAAACAUUAAUCUUUGGUCUGUUCCGUUCGCAGCCAGUCAUUAACAAUCCGUUUGAAACAAUAUAUAAAUAAUUAUUGCUAAAACAUGAGCCGUUCUACAGUUAAUGGUUAUCCGUUAGUUCCAUUCGCAGCCAGUCAUGACAAUCCCUUCUCCCGUGCAUGAUCAUUCGUUCGAAAUUUUACUCGAGCCGUUCAGCUGUUCAGGUCUACCGUUCGAAAUUUUACUCGUGCCGUUCAGCCGUUCAGGUCUACCGUUCGAAAUUUUUUUUAGCCGUUCAGCCGUGAUUACCAUCCGUUCGAAGUUUUUGACGAGCCGUUCAGGACCAUCCGUUCGAAAUUUUACUCCUGCCGUUCAGCCGUUCAGGUCUACCGUUCGAAAAUUUUUUUAGCCAUUCAGACGUGAUUACCAUCCGUUCGAAAUUUUUCGCUAGCCGUUCAGCCGUUAUACCAAUCCAUUCAAAAUAAAUUAUCAGCCGUUCAGCCGUUCCGUUUCAUCCGUUUCAAACGGCUUCGUGGGCCGUUUCUUACCCGUUCGACAGCCGUGCAUUUCACCCGUUUAACGGAAAGCCGUUAGUGUACGUUUUCGCGUGAGAGGUCACAGAUGGUGAAGUGGUGGGCCAUUUGAAGAGAGGAAAACGUGGACACUUUGCUAAAACAAUCUUUUAUUUUCUUGAAGCAGACCAGCAUAGUUCCUGUAGUGUGACCAUAAAAGCUGACAAAGCUGUUAACUUUGGGGACGGAGAGGGGAUGCAAGUCCCAUGUAAGCUGAGAAUCUCUGGUCAAGAGAAAUUUGUCAACAUUUUGAAGAAGGAGUUGGAACGCCUUGAGAAGUGA